AUGUCCUCGUCCUACAUCCCGUACGCCGCCCGACCAGGAUGGGCAGACCUCGAACCCAUCCCGCAGAAGGACGCUCCGAACGCUUUGGUGCCUAUCGCGUAUGCGGAACCUUGUGAGUGAACAACAACGCAUCACACCCGGACCGCCCGCCCGUCAGCAGAGGAGGUGCCUUCGCAGUCGUCCUGCGCAAGUGCAGGCUGAAGCUGAGACGCGGCGGCCUAUUGCUUCUGUUCGUGUUGAUGAGCAGACCGAGAUGCGAUGGACACCUUUCGUGCCUUGGUCCACAAAGGGGAAGUGAGUACCCGAGGCGUCGAAUUGACCGAGGCGUUGAUCAGGAUGAACCCGGGGCAUUAUUCGAUUUGGUCAGUCCCCCGAGUAUCCGAGUCGAGCGAGGGUACGGCCCAGGUGGUAGUUGGUGUCACUGAUCCGGGAGAUGAGGGUUGUUUCGGUCCUGUGUGCGCAGGGCUUAUCGAGCUCAGACUUUGUUCGCGAUCAAGGCCGAUCUGACCAAGGAACUCGAUCUGAUGGACGAGUUGAUCAAGGAGCACCUCAAGUCGUACCAAGUGUGGUCAGUACCUUCCACACGCACAGUGCAUAAUAGAGAACUUACCACCUUCCGUUGUGUAGGCAACACCGUCGUACGAUCGUCACCGCUUUGCAAUCGUCCUCACGCGAGAUCCCGUUCACGACCCGUGCGCUCGCCUUUGACGCCAAGAACUACCAUACCUGGGCCUAUCGACAAUGGGCACUAUUACACUUCUUCACACCCUCCAACGCCUCUCACACCGAAAAGGAUGUCGCACCUACCAGUACUGCACAUCAAGAUCAGGAUUCUUUAGCGCAGGUCUGGGACGACGAGUUGAAGUAUACGGAGGAGCUUUUGGAGAAGGAUGUGAGGAACAACUCGGCAUGGAAUCAUCGGUUUUGGGUCGCAUUUGAGAGUGGGAUGGGUGGGCGGCAGGAGGAGGUGCUGGGGAGGGAAUUGAGGUGGGUUUUCCCCCAUUUGGUCGGGAAGUUCCCUGAGUCGAGAUUUGCUCACAUUUCGGAAAUUCGGUUCGUCGGUGAGCAGCUACGUGAAGGAGAAGUUGGCGUUGUCACCCAACAACCCUUCGGCUUGGAAUUAUCUCAGAGGGUCGGUUCCCGUUCCCUCCCUAUACUCCGAGAUCCGUAAAAUUAACGAACUCUCACCCCCGCCCUCCACCAGCAUCCUCAAACGAACCUCAACACCCCUCUCCGAUCUGCGGACCUUCGUCCAACCCCUCGCACUAGGACAACGAGAAAUCUCGACAGACGAGCCUAAAAUAUCAAAAGAUGCCGAACUACCAAGUUGGUUGGCGAUCGAGUUCCUGGCUGAUAUUGCCGCUCAGGAAGCGAAGGAGAACAAGGACAAGGAGAAGGCGGGGGAGGGCGCGGCGGUGAGUUUUGGCGUUUGGCGAUGAUGUGGGAUUGAAAAUUGAUGUUGUUUUGUUUUGACCGGAUAGCUCUUUCGCUCGUUGAUCCAAUUCGACCCGAUUCGGACGAACUAUUGGUUGUAUAGGGCUGAACAGGUGGAGAGUGUCGCUUGA